CAGUGCUGUUUCCCUUGCUUAGGCUGUGCCUCUGCUCUCUCAGGUGCAGCACGGAGCAGAAUCAGUAAGACCUGAAUAUGGUAAUCCAAGUAUAGUCCUGUAGUAGGUGUGGAGUGUGACUUGGCAUUUGGAAAAGCAAUGUAGUUUAAGAAAUUGUUUUUAUUUUCAGUUCAAUGCGACUGAGUUCAUGUUGGAAGUUAGGUGAGUAAGGCCAAUAUUCAAGAGACAGCUCGGGGCAGGGCUUCGCUUUUAGAGAAGGAAGUGUCUUUUUAAUUUCACUCCUAGCACAAGCUGUUUAGUAAAGGCUGGGUGGCAUGGUAGCGUGGUGAUUAGCAUUGCUACCUCGUAGUGCUGGGGCCUGGCUUUAAUUCGGGACCUGGAGUGCUGUCUGUGUAGAGUUUGUAGGUUUUCCCCGUUUUCGUGUGGGUUUCUGCUGGGUGCUCCAGUUUCCUCUUACAGUCCAAAAACGUACUGCUAGGUUAUUUGGCUUUGUUUGGGGGAAACGAACCCUGGCGAGUGUUUGUGUCCGUCUACCCUGUGAUGCAGGGUGUAUCCUGGGUGCGUGCUACCUUGUACCUCCUGCUUCCCGACAUAGCCUCCAAGUCCCACGCGACCCUGAAGUGGAUGAAGCCGUUGGAAAAUGGAUGGAUGGUGCAGUGAUGAUGACAUUGUUUUAAGCUAAUUACAACGAGCUCAAGGGCUGAGCUGAGCCCGUGUUCCCGAGGGAGAAUGGACAGCUUCUUCAAAGCAGCCGUGUGCGACCUGGACAAGCUGCUGGACGAUUUUGAGCAGAACUCAGAUGAGUUUGAAUGCAGGAUUACAGUAGAGAUCCCAUGUGCCCCUGUCUACCCUGCUCCGUCCUCCAGUUGUCAGGCCUUUGCAUCACAGCCUCAAGCAGCUUCUUCGUCUCAGUCAGCAGUCAACAGUCUGCCCAGUACGCGUGCAGGGUGCUCCACUACCCCACUUCCUGGCCUCACUGUGCACUCCACUGACCCCGAGUGCAGUGGGAGACCCUUGACUGGUGUGGACCUCCUGUCAUCUCUGGACAGCAGGGCUGCCAAGACCUCGGCACCUCUGUGUCCAGACAGGGCGCUGAAACCAGUGUGCGACUUGGUCAGUGACACAGGCCCUGCAGUUCUGCGAGCCAGUCGCCAUGACGCCUUCAAGGAGCUGGAUGUUGCUGAAAAGGAACUGGAGGAACGUUUAUUGGUAGAUCUUGAAUCUACAACUGCAUGUCAUUCUGGAGGUGGUCCACAUGUUGGCCUUAAGAGUAUCCCUGGGGCACAAAUCUGUCCUACCAGGGAGGGAUUGCUGGUGGAGCAAGAUGCCGGACAUCUUGCAGCUGGAGGAGUGUUGACUUCCUUAACUUUGUUAGAUAUAAUCUUUGCAGCAGAGAAUGCUAAUAUACCUCAGGGUGCAGAGUCGGCUAGCAUUCUAGAAGCUGAGGAGCCUUUGGAAGCAGUCGUUCAGGAUGAUGGGUGUCCUGAAACAAGACUGAGUUGUACAGAUAAUGGAGAACCCCUUUCUGACUCUGAGAGAACUGGGAUUGGCAGUCCAGUGACUGAUUCUCAGGGGGACUGGGGUGAUGAAGAAACUAGGAACAGCACUCCUCAACAUACUGAGGUAGAUGAGAUUAACCAAACCAGCAUCACUCUUGAAGGUGCAGAGCUGGAACAGCAGAUUCCUUCCCGAAACCAAGAGAAAGACAUUGUUGAACAAGUCAACAGCUUAGCCCAUGAAAUGUGUGGUGCUUCACAACAGGAUAACUUGAGCAAUUUCUCAAGUCUCCCUGAAGACAAAGAUAGUUCCUUGUCCUGUCUACCUAUAUCUGUGUCCAUGUGUGGGUCCCUGGUUGCGUCCCUGGACUUGGAGAAGAAUGAGUCGCAGGCCGAAGAAGAGGUUGAGGUUCUCACCUGUGAAUCACCAGUUCAAGUUGUGCCUGCUGUCCCUGAUAUUCAGCAGAUUAUUCCUCCAAUGGAGGUAGCUACGAACCGUGUGGACCAAAUUGGUCCUGGGUCUGCUGAUGAAAGUGGCAGCCUCCAGUCAGAAACCAAAGCUACUCCUGAGACUAAGCCAUUAACCAGUAUCCCAAGCAUGGCCUCUUCUCAGUCAGCAGAAAGCAGUUCAGCUCAGGAUGGAGAGGGGUCUGCCGUGGUAGAGGAAAGCUGUUCUCUCCCUGUUGGUGCCAGCCCUGAGUUUCCCUCAGAUAUUGCCUUUGUGGAUGACUUUCUCCUAGAUGGUGACCUGGGUGACAUCCUUGUGACAGAUGAGGAUCUGGAUGCCUUUCUCAUGGAGCGGAACACCCGAAAUAGUGAGGGAGAGCCCCUGAAGAAUGUGGCAGAUGAAGGGUUUUCAGAAAUGAAUGGAGACCUUUCUGAAUUUCCUGACCUGUCCCCAGGUGAUAUGGAUGAUGGUCUCGCUGAAGAAGAUGGGAAUGCCAUCAGUGCUAAAGGUGGCGAGUUAGCCUUGCUCGCUUCGAGCCAUUCCUAUUCAGCCGUAGAACAAGGUGAUCUGAAACCUGCUUUUUCAUCUCAGGACAACGACGGUUCUUUAACAGAUGACAUUGCUUGUACCGGGAGUAACCACAGGGAGUCUUCAAACACAGCCAGCUCUCUUGGCAAAAAGUCAAACCACACUGAUAACCACCCAUACUAUGGAGGGGCAAGACCCAAGCAGCUUUUUAGCCACCCUGCCAGAACUUUACUAACAAAUGAAUUGGACUACAGAAUAAGUGAGAGUCAGGAUGUACCUUACGUUGGAGUUCUUACUCCUAAUAACAUGGAGUCCCCUGCUGCAGAAGCAGACCCCAGUCAGUAUUUAGGAAAUUCUGGGUAUCUUCACUCAGAAAGGAUUGAAAGCACCAUGGGUAUUGAUGAAGUCUCAGACUCUGCACUGUUCCUCUCUCAUCCUGAUGACAGCGUAAUGGCUGAGGCUGCUUCUGUAGAUGACAGGGUGAUCCGGGAGGCUUCCAGUUUAGGCUCGAAACAGCCUUCAUGGGUGCCUGAUUCUGAGGCGCCGAACUGCAUGAACUGCCGCCAGCGGUUCACCUUCACCAAGAGGAGGCAUCACUGCCGAGCAUGUGGAAAAGUGUUCUGUGCAGGGUGCUGCAGUAGGAAAUGCAAGCUCAAGUAUCUGGAGAAGGAAGCCAGAGUCUGUCUUGCGUGCUAUGAAACCAUUCAUAAAGCUCAGGCCUUCGAGAGGAUGAUGAGCCCCACGGGCCCCAGCCCCAACCCUAAUGUGCCCUCGGAGUACUGCUCCACCAUCCCACCCCUGCAGCAGGCUCGUGCCGCUGGGACCCUCAACUCCCCUCCGCCUACUGUCAUGGUGCCCGUCUCCGUGCUCAAGCACCCAGGAAGCGAAGGAUUUCCCAGGGAACAGAAGCGAGUGUGGUUUGCCGAUGGUAUUUUGCCAAAUGGAGAAGUUGCGGACACAACUAAGCUCUCUGCUGGAAGUAAGAGAUCCUCCCAGGACCCCAGCCCUUCAACACCAGAACCCCCAGUGUCCCAGGUGAAGAGUGAACAGGAAGGACCUGCUGCUGCAUUGCUGGGUGAUGAUGCGGAAGCCGGAGCAACCGGGCCAGAGCAGGCCCCUAGUGAUGCAGGGAGUCCUCUUAGUGGGACUCCUGAUGGCCCAGGAGACAGCAGGACCCUUGUCAGUGGGCCCUGGGAUUACAGCCUGCUCUGUGCCGUGGGGAGCUGUGUGACCAAGGCGGACAGCCUGCUCCCGGAUGAUGAGGAGGGCCUGCCUCCCCUGCUAAUAGCCACAGGAGAGCAGGGAGGAGACCCGUUAGUGGAGGAACUUCCCUCUCCCGGCCAGAUCCUGCUGCUGCUGGAGGAAGGAGGACCACGACCUCUGACCUUUGUUCUGAACGCAAACCUUCUGGUCAAUGUCAAAGCAGUCUCCUAUGGUGGUCGAAAGUGCUGGUGUUUCAGCUCCAAUGGUCUUCAGGGCGUAGGCCAGUCGGAGAUAGUUAUCUUGCUGCAGUGCCUCCCAGACGAGAACACUCUGCCCAAAGACAUCUUCAGGCUCUACAUCAUCAUGUACCAGGAUGCCCAGAAAGGAACAUUUGUGGAGAACCUGGGCAACGUAACAUUCACGGAGAGUUUCCUGGGCAGUAAAGACCAUGGAGGAUUCCUCUUCAUUUCACCCAGCUUCCAGCCUCUGGAGGGUCUCCCACUGCCCUCCAGCCCUUUCUUGUUUGGGGUGCUCAUCCAGAAGCUGGAGGUGCCCUGGGCCAAAGUAUUCCCCUUGCGCCUACUGCUGCGACUGGGGGCUGAGUACAAAGUCUAUCCCUGCACUUUGAUAAGUCUGAGAUUCCGAAAGUCUUUGUUCAGAGAGACGGGGCAUACCAUAAUGAACUUACUUGCAGACCUGCGAAAUUACCAGUACAGCCUGCCUGUAGUAGAAGGCUUGCUGAUCCACAUGGAAAUGGGAAAUAGCUACAUUGAAAUACCCAGGGAGAAGUUCAGUGAGAUGUUGAAAGUUGUGAGCGCUUCCAAUGAGCAUGUGAUCAGCGUGGGAGCAAGUUUCAGCACGACAGCGGAUUCUCACUUGGUUUGUGUGCAGAACGAAGAGGGGAACUAUCAGACGCAAGCAAGUAGCAUGAUGGGAAAGCCCAGAAAAGUCACAGGAGCGAGCUUUGUGGUGUUCAAUGGAGCUCUGAAGGCUUCUUCUGGGUUUCUUGCCAAAUCCAGCAUGGUUGAAGACGGAUUAAUGGUACAGAUCACGCCUGACACCAUGGAAGCCCUCCGGCAAGCACUCAGGGAGAAGAGAGACUUCCAGAUCCCCUGCGGGAAGCUGGAUUCUGGGGAUGCGAGGGAGAAUGUGAACAUCUGCUGGGUGGACAGGCCGGCGCUCGUGACUCAUGGAGUCACGAGCCCUGUGGAUGGGAAGUCUCUGGAAGGCGUGCCUAAUGUUAAAAUGCAACAGGAGGCAGAGUUUGAGACUGACGGGAAAUUUGUUAAGUGCACUGAGGUAUUUUACCUCCUGAAGGAGCAGGAUUGCUCUCUGUCCGCUGUCCUGGCCGCUCACAGUCAGUUCCCCCGCGAGAUCGCCACAGCCGGCUGCGCUGCCCUCUGCCCUCACCUCAAAACACUGAAGGACAGCGGCAUCAACCACCUGGGCCUGCGCGUUUCCACAGACGCCGACGUGGUGGAGUACCAGGCCGGAGCUGGAGGGCGGCUCCUCCCCCAGCGCUACAUGAACGAGCUGGACAGCGCCCUGAUCCCCGUCAUACACGGCGGCAGCACUAGCGUGCCCCGCCAGGCUAUGGACAUGGAGUUCUUCUUCUUCAUCGCAGAGAGCCUCGGCUGAGCCCGGGCCAGUUCGGACCACAGACGCGCCAAAGCAUUGCAGCGCCACAGGUUGGGGCUCGGUGACGGGCCACCGGCUCGGAGUGCUUUGGAUGCCUGGGAUCGUUCAGAUCAGAACAUGUAGAUGGAAAAGGGGGGGCACAGCACUGUUCUUAAAGCUAUCAAGUACUGGUUGUUUAAUGGGAUCCUCUGAGUAACCUUCUGCUGAAUUUCAUACAUUUCACUGCCAGUUUUAUUUGAGACCCAUUGUUCUGGAUUCCACUCGUACCAUUCAGAGCCUUUGCACGCGAACACCCUGAGGGAUGGGAUUCGAGUUCUGACGAGUGACUCAUUACUAUUCCACACAGUGGGUGCAGGGUUAGCAGUGUUCUGCUGGCUCCUUUCAGAAGUAUGAUUGAGUAUUGCUGAUGUGCUCUGUUGCCUGUUGUUUUGGCUACAGCCUGCCUCUAAAAACGUUGUCGCUCCACUGACACCAGCACAAUAAGCACUCGCAUACCCUGCUCUUGAAUGCUGUUAGUUCUGUGCCUUUCUGCACAUGUUGUGGACUGUGUCCUAGAGUGAUGAUAAUAUCCUUUUAGAACUGAAGGGGGAACAAUACCAGCGUAACUUGGUCAGCUUUUGGUGCACCUGACAUUCAGGGAUAGGACAGUUUCCACAUGGCAUUGGGGGCUUUUGUACCAGGAGGCCAGUUACUCACCCCCUCUUACAGUAAGAGGUUGGCCAUGACAUUCCACUCAAACAAAAUGCCGCCUGCCCUCUAUCAUUAGGGAGAGCGCCGGAGUCCACACACAGGCCUUGCCCUGACAGCGAGGGCUGCUUCAACUGUGGUCUCUUGUGCGGCUUAGAAAUAUAGGAUCUUUAAAAAAGCAGAAAUAGCAGCACUUUUAAAUGCUAAAGUAAAUCAUACUGGAAAAAAAUAUGAAAAAUUAAACCUGUUGGCUUACUGUACAUUUUACAUUGUCAUUGAGUACAUUACAGCAAACCCAGGUACAUUACAGGUACAUGCAUUGAGUAUAUUACAGCAAAUCCAGGUAGUUAAACCAGGUUUUAUAUCUGAGAAUGUGAAAAAAAUAAAGAAAAUACUGCAAAGCCAUUUAAUGCCUAAAAAUGCAGCCCUAAAUCUCAAUGUUGUAUCUGAAGUGUGACAGGUUUUAUUAUAAUUGAAAACAAAGAUAAUGAGACGUGGUUGGUUCAAGUACCUUCAAGUUAGUCACCUUCACGUAAUUAGAAAAGUUUAUAAGUACUGAUCAUUUUUCAGGUAGAGGAUAUUGCUAAUUAUUAUUGUAUUAUUCUAAUGUUUUUCUUGGUGCGUAAAAUGCUGUGUGAGCACAGUCUAUUCACACUCCUCAAUAUCUUAAUGCUGAUUUGUCAUUGUAUAAAAAAUGUAAGAAUAGGAAAAUUAUAUAAAGCUCUUCAAAAUGAAGUGCUUAAAACCUAUUUUUGGAAAUUUUAUGUGCAUUAAAAGAUAUUUUUGAUAGGAUGUUAGUCAUAUUGCAGAUGCUGUGCAGGUAAAGCCUUGUACCUGAGACAACACAGUGACUGUAAAUCUGGAAACACUAAUUAGUUGUCUGUUGGUAUAGCCAGGGCCCACAGAAAUAGCAUGGUACACAAGCAAUUUAUCUUUAAGGUCUUAUUUUACCUCUGUUAAUUCAUAUAGAACACAGCUGUUAAUGAAAAUCUUUGUAUUUGUAUUGAGUCAAGUUGACAGCUUUCUUCAUUUUGCUGUAGACCAAAACCUUUGUAAAGGAUCCACACUUUAGUUUUGAAGGCAUAUUAAGUCUUCUAUGAAAUCAUGCAUGGCUGAUGUGUUUUUAGAAGCAAAAGUUGCUAAACAUGUUACACAAACACGUGCCAGGCAAAGGCAUUUCAGGUAUGGACUUUUCUCUCAGCACGGCCAAAAUUACAAUGCUGCUAAUCUACUUUAGAAUUUUUUCCCCUUUCUGCCUGCUAAUAUGUGUUGUUUUAAAUGCACAGGUGUCCUGAUUUUUUUGUGUUUUAGUGAUAAACUUAUAGAGCUGAAAUUGAAUUGCCGUGUUCUUUUGAAGUCCUGGAAGACCAACUGAAUUACUAUGAAUAUAUGCUGGAAUAAGUAACAAUCUGACAUUUGCACUUUAAUGUAAAUUAGUGAGAGCAGGUACAGUAACACUUUUAAUAUCGUACUACUCUCUGGACUGGGGAAUUUGACCCUGUGGUGUAGUACCUGAGUCAUUUGCCUUACACAGAAGCAUUUCUCUGCAGUUCAUUAAGUGACUCAUAAACCCAGCAUAUUGAGCAUAUUGCUGUCAUUUCGUCUAGAUAGCAUUGCUUGUCACCACCACAACACUACCUUGUUUCCCCAAAGUCUUUUCUAAUCCCUGUGACCAUCAGAUCAGGCAUUGAAACAGUUCACAUGCUACACUAUAUAUGACUCAUUGAUAGAUGGUUUAAGUGUUCUCCUUUCCUGUUAGAGAAAAAUGCAUCACAGCUUCUGGAUGUAUAUAAGAAAGGCCCAGGUGGGAAAUAGCAGGGGUUCAUUCUCUACAGAUGGGUUUGCACAAAAUACGUUGCUGUAAUGCUUUAAUAAACACCUUUCGUAUGUAUACUUAU